AUGUCAAAAUCAGACACUAAAGACCUAGACACCUAUAAAGCGGCAGUUGAGUCGCAAGGAGCCAAGAUAGAAGGUCAAGUUGAUAGUGAUAAUGACGACUAUAAUGAGGAUGAAGACGAAGACUACGAUCCUUCUAAGAAACAGGCAGAUGAACAAGAACAAAGUGAAGAAUCUGACAACGAGCCUGAGCCUGAUUACUCCAACAUAAACACUGGAGUCAGUCAGGUAAGAACGCGAACGCAACGAUACCAGGACUCUGAAUCCACUAAACGAGACAGAGCACCUCUUGGUGGCCUUGUCAAGGCGGAAACUUCGGGCCUUAACGUAGACGCACUUUUUGAGUCACUUCAGAACGACAGUGUCAACGAUGAGUGGAGGAAAUACAUCAAGGAAGACACUCCAAAGAAGGAUGAACCCAAAAUGACUGUUUCAGAGGCUGCUGCGGAGAUGAUUCGCAUAGAAACAACGUAUACGUUCGCUGGAAAGUUGGUUCGUGAAUCUAAGAUGGUGGAUGCCAAUUCCGCCGAGGCAAAGGCAUAUUUAAACUCUACAAGUGGUAUUAUGCGUGAUAGUGGCGAGAAAACUUCAAACAAGUCGUAUGUGACGGUGAUACGGAAAGUGCCAGGGAGUGACGAGCAGGUACCACUUCGGAUAAAACUCAAGCGUCCAUCGCUCAUAGAUAAGUUCUUGGCGGGUGACAAGAAGAACAAAUUGACGACUUUGGAGAAGUCCCGUCUUGACUGGGCCAGUUUUGUUGACAAAAAGAGCAUCAAGGACGACUUAUCGUUACACAACAAGGCUGGUUACUUGGAGAAACAAGAUUUUCUCGGACGCAUGGAUGCGAAGAGGGAUCUUGAAUACCAAAAGGCCAAGGAACUUGAUAGACAGCGCCAGUGGCAGUUGCAGCAGAAAAAUACCUGA